UCGAGUACAUCAGUUCCAACUGGACCAAGGAAGCAACAACCACUUUAAUCAUGAUCCUUACCAAAACCUUCGCUUUGACCAUCGUCAUCUGUCUGGCUGUAUUUGCAUCAGCUCAGCGGAGACCAAGGGGUAGAGGUCAAAACCCAGAGCUGCAAGCACUAAAGCAGCAGAUCAAGAACCAAAUUAUCGCAGACAGAGCCAAACAUGAAGGGGUUGUCCUGCCUCCAAACGCUCCGAAUCCGUCUCAAGCGCUAGCUGAGGCAAUUCGUAAGAAGAAGCUGGAGGACAUGGCGGGAACUACUACGACUACGUCGUCAACCUCUACCACCUCAACAACUACACCUGCUACUACUACCACCAGUACUACUACACCUGCUACGACUACCGAUUCUACUACUACCGAUUCUACCACAACCGAUUCUACUACUACCGAUUCUACCACAACCGAUUCUACUACUACGGACUCUAGUACUUCCUCCUCUAGUUCAUCGUCGUCUACGAGCACUUCGUCUAGCACCACAUCUACGACUCCUGCUUCAGCUUAAACUGUAGAAGAAUUUCAGUUGAAUUUUUAUCAAAACUUAAAUGCCA